GCACCGGGCUCCGGGUCCUGGGCCCCGCGGCUGCGGCUUCUGCUCCGGGAGGCGGCGGCGGCGGCGGCGGCGGGAGCGGCCAUGGAGGCGGGCGGCGGGGCCGGCGCGGGAUCCGCGGGCUGGAGCUGCGCGGGCCCAGGACCCACAGUAACCAAUGUAGGCUCCUUUGAGGUGUCUGAGGGUUGUGAGAGGAAGAAGGGCCAACGCUGGGGGUCCCUAGAACGCCGUGGGAUGCAAGCUAUGGAGGGGGAGGUAUUACUUCCAGCUCUCUAUGAGGAGGAAGAGGAGGAAGAGGAAGAAGAGGUAGAAGAAGAACAAAUACAGAAAAAUGGGAGUGUGAGCUCCCUGUCUGUUGGCAAGCAUCGGGGCCUGAGCCUCACGGAGACAGAGCUGGAGGAGCUCAGGGCUCAGGUGCUCCAGCUGGUGGCAGAGCUGGAGGAGACUCGUGAACUGGCUGGACAGCAUGAGGAUGACUCCCUGGAGCUGCAGGGGCUCUUGGAAGAUGAACGGCUGGCUAGUGCGCAGCAGGCAGAGGUGUUUACCAAGCAGAUCCAGGGACUCCAAGGUGAGCUGCGGCAUCUACGAGAGGAAAUUUCUCUAUUAGAAAGUGAGAAAGAAAGUGAACUUAAGGAAAUAGAACAAGAGUUACACUUAGCCCAAACUGAGAUCCACAACCUGCGGCAAGCUGCGGCAGAUUCUGCAACCGAACAUGAGACCGACAUAGCAUCCCUACAGGAAGAUCUCUGCCGGAUGCAGAAUGAACUUGAUGACAUGGAACGCAUUCGGGGGGAAUAUGAGAUGGAGAUUGCCUCACUCCGUGCAGAAAUAGAUAUGAAGAGCUCUGAAACAUCCAAUAGUAUAAGUCUCUCGGAUUUCUCUGGGUUGCAAGAAGAACUGCAGCAACUGCGGGAUCGCUACCACUCUCUGAAUGAGGAGUACCAGGCUCUGCAGCAGAGCAACAGCAGCCUCUCGAAGCAGCUGGCGGAGCUGGAGAGUGAGAGGACACGAAGAGCAACAGAGAGGUGGCUGGAGUCCCAAACACUAAAGAGUAUGAUAUCAUCAGAGUCUCAGACUUCAGAAAUGGAUUUCCUGGAGCCUGAUCCUGGAGUGCAGUUGUUACGCCAGCAGCUGCUGGGAGCUGAGGAGCAGAUGCACGACAUGCAGAAUAAGUGUAAAGAAUUGUGUUGUGAGUUGCAAGAACUACAGCAUCAUCGGCAGAUCAGCGAGGAAGAGCAGAAGCGGCUUCAGAGGGAGCUCAAGUGUGCCCAGAAUGAGGUGCUUCGGUUUCAAACUUCCAGCACUGUCCAGAACGAGGAGCUGAAGACCAGGCUUUGUGCCUUGCAGCAAAAGUAUGAUGCUAGCCAAGAUGAGCAGAAUGAGCUCUUGAAGGUGCAGGUACAACUUCAGAGUGAGCUCCAACAGCUCAAAAUUAUGAAAUCCACAAUCACGGAGAGCCAAAGUGAAAAGGAGUUACUUUGCCAGCUCCAGAAGCUGCAGAUCCAGCACCAGAACGUCAUGGGUGAGAAGGAGAAGCUGCUAGACGUGCACUGUCAGCUGCAGGAGAAGCUGCAGUGCCACGAGGCAGAGCUGCGGUGCCUCCGGGACUUGGUGGCCUCCUUGCGGGAAUCUGAUGAGAAGAAUGCAGAGGUGCACGCCCAGCUCCAAGAAAUGAAGCAGCUGUACGAGGCUAGCAAGGAUGAACUGGAGUAUCAGAAGCAUAUGUAUGACCAGCUCGGGCAGGACCUUCUGCAGCACCAGCAGGAGCUCGAACAGCUCAAGACCACCCAGCCCUGUCCUGAACAGAAGGAAACAUGUGCCAAUAAGUGUGAUACAUUGCUGUCCAGGCUGACAGACUUGCAGGACAAGUUCAAGGCCAGCCAGAAAGAGAUCGGGCAGUUGCAGAUGGAGCAGUGUGAGCUCCUAGAGGAUCUGAGGAGGCUGCAGGAGGAGCAGGGCCAGCUACAGGAGGAGCUGCACCAGCUUACAUUCCCACAGCCCAAAAGUGGCAUCUUCCAUAAGAGUCAGGAACUGUGUACAAAGUUACAAGACCUGUGGGAUCUACAAAUCCUCUACCAAGACAUGCAGGAAGAACAGAGAAAACUGAUGCAGAAGCAAGAGAGUGUAUUAAAGGAACAAAUAGAGGCACACAAAUUGCUGCAAGGUUUCAAAGAGUCUCGUUUCCAGGAAGUGUUGGUGAAUCCUGAGGAUGCCAAACAGCCUAAGUCCACAAAUAGUGAGAAAAAGCCCAAGAUGCUUCUGAGCCAGCUCCAGGUUCUACAGGAUCUGUAUGUCACCAGCCAGAAGGAACAAGAGCAGCUGCUACAGGAGCAUGGGCGGCUCCUUGAGGAGCGAAGGAGGCUUCAGGCCGAUUUGCAGCUCUGUCUAGAAGAGAUGCAGCUGCUCCAAGCGCAAUCCUCCUGUAUAAAAACAAGUCUUGAAUCCUACAAGGAAACCUGUGCCAGCAGUGAGAACUUCCACAGGAGUUAUUGCAGCACUAUUGAUGACGAGAGCUGUAACAAGAGUUAUAUUAACACCCAGGCCAGCAGUGAGGGCUUCCUCAGGAGCUAUGACAGCAUCACAUCUGGUGAGACCUAUCAGAAGAGUUACUGCUCCAGCAGCAGCAGCAUCACCUAUAAGAAGAGCUAUGGCAGCAUAGGCAGCUCUGACAACUGUCUUAAGAGUUGCAUCAACAGCGGUGCUGACGAGGCCCCAGCUGAGCUUGAAGACUUAGAGAACUUUGAGGAAAUGGUGGCCAAGGUGCUGACUAAGCUGCAGGCAGUGCAGGCCCUGUACCAGGUGAGCCAAGAGGAACACUGCCAACUGCAAGAGCGAAUGAACAAGCUUCUGGACAGGCAGAGAGAGCUGAGGGAAGAGAUCGAUACCUGCGAAAAGGAUUUCAAGGAGUGCAUGGAAAAUCUUGAGAAGCCCACAGUCCCCCACAGCGACAAGAACGAGAUCAAGGAACUGCAGACCAAGCUUCGGGACCUGCAGCUUCAAUACCAGGCGAGCAUGGAUGAGCAGGGGCGGCUCCUGGCAGUACAGGAGCAGCUAGAGGGGCAGCUGCAGUGCUGCCAGGAAGAGCUCCGCCAGCUCAAAGAGAAGCCCUCUGUUGGCAAAGAGGCCAGGGGAAAGAAUUGCAAUAAGAACACAAACAAGAAUGCCAAUGGGACUACAAAGAAACAGGUGACCAUGCCAUGCAGUUCUAAGGGCAACUUAGCGACCAAAAAGAGUCUGGAGGUGGUGCUGUACUACAGGUCCAGCCAGGAGCAAUUAGAUGAGCUAGAAAAAAAGGAGCAAAAUAAGGAGGAGGUAGAAGAGACAACAAAGAAAGAAACAAAGGAGGAGUCCUGGACAAAGGAGGAGUCCUGGAAUGAACCAGCAGAUCCUAAGGAAGUUAAGUCAACUCAAGAUCAGGAGGAAGAAUAUACAGAGUACAAAGAACAGGAGAAUAAGGAAGAAGAUGAUGAAGAUGAGGAGGAAGAUGACUCUUCCCCUGAAACUGCAGAGGAAAGCCCCCUUAAAAUUUCUGAGAGCAAAAAGCCAUCCCCUAUCCCCGAUCCCCCCAUCUUUUCCUUGCCUCUUGUAGGCCUGGUGGUCAUAUCGGCUCUGCUCUGGUGCUGGUGGGCUGAGACGUCAUCCUAACACAGAACAUGUCUGGGAUGUGGAAGCCUAUGGUAUUCUUGGCUAUUGCAGCUGUGGCUCUGUAUGUGUUACCCAACAUGCGACCGCAGGAGAGAGAGUCCUGGGCCAGCUGAGAGGGCAGAUGCCCAGCAGCUACCACCCUCACCUUUGGGCAGGACACACUGUGCCAGAGGCCCCACCCCACCCAUGUAUCCCAUAUGUCCCCAUCUCCUUAGCCUCAGUCACUCAGGCUGGAAAGGCUUAUGGGAGCUUCUGGCUCUCACUGGCUCCCAUUUCCUGCCUUGUAUAAGAACCUGGGUUCCUUGUAAUUAAAUAUCAACCAAAUUA